AUGUCGUCUCGUCCAUCGAUAUCCAGGGAAACCGACACUGCAGCCGGUCCAGCUUCUCCAGUCAUGGUCGACAUAGCAAACUCACCUGCUAUGGCUGCCGGCCCAUCUGCUGAAGCUAUGGUUGCUGGUCCAGCCUCUCCACCUAUGGCUACCAACCCUUUGGCUGAAGCUAUGGCUGCCGGCCCAUCUGCUGAAGCUUUGGCUGCCGACCCAGCAUCUCCACCUAUAGCUGCCGAUUCAUCUGCUGAAGGUAUGGCUGCUGGCCCAGCAUCUCCACUUAUGGCUGCCGGCCCGGCAUCUCCACCUAUGGCUGCCGGCCCAGCCUCUCCUUCUAGUGCUGCCGGCCCAUCUGCUGAACCUAUGGCUGGUGGCCCACCCGCUCCAGCUAUUACUGCUGGCACAGCCUCACCACCUAUGGCUGCUGGCCCUGCCUCUCUAGCUAUGGCUGCUGGCCUACCCACAUCUACUAUGGCUGCCGGCCCGGCUCCAAAACCAAAACGGAUGAAGACUGAAGCCCAAAAGUUACAGUCUCGGAGAUUGCAAAAGAUAUGGCCAUUUGGCAAAAAGCUGCCCUUGGGGACCACGACCAAAUCCACAACGAUGGCAACAACAACAGCCAUGGCAAGACCAACAGCCAUUGCAACACCAACAACAGCCAUGGCAGCAGCCACAACCAUGGCAAUAGCCACAGCCAUGGCAGCAGCCACAGCCAUGGCAGCAGUAAAACGAGGAAUGUAG